GCCUCUGCGUCACGUGAUCAGUGAGUGAUAUAAACAAACCAAGGGCUACAUUACGAGGCGAAUAAAUUCGACUCGAUUGAGGCCAAUCCGUCGUAGAGGCGGACCUGGACGAAUUUCGGCCGCCGAAUCGGCCUCACUUGGCUGCCGGACGUCCAGUCAUGAGCGCAGAUGAACGCGCGUUCGCAAACCUUUGAGCUGAGCGUGGAGGGCCGGCAGGUGGAAGAGGCCGUGGCCAGCAUUUUCCACACCGUGCUCUUCCACAGGUCGUUUGGCAAGUUCAAAUACAAAGAGGAGGGCUCCUACUCCGUUGGAACCCUGGGCUACGCAGAUGUCGACUGCAAUUUCAUCGACCUCACCUACGUGUGCUGCAGCUCGGACGAGUUGGACCAGACGCUGAAGCGCGAAAUCACGAGCUUCUCGGAGGCGCUGCGGAGCCACGAAGGGCAGCGCUCGGGCCAGAUCUCGCUCGAGUUCUUCCAGAGGAAACGCAGCCGAUGGCUGUUCCAGCCCGAGUGCAUCCCGUGGGAGGUGUGGAACGUGCGGCUGGACCUGCUGGCGCUGCACUCGGAGCAUGAGCGGCAGGCGUGUCGCGAGCAGGUCGCCGACGUGCUCACCGACAAGAUCAUGUGCAUCGCCGAAGCCAUGAACAGACACGACUUCCUCCCUAAGAUGCCCACGCAGGCCGAGCUCGACCUCGUCUUCGACACCUCCUACUCUGACGUCCAACCCUAUCUCUUCAAGAUUGGAUACACAACAAGCGGUCCAUCGAACGCAUCGGUGAGUUCAACGAUGAAGAAGCUAAUCAAAGAGACUCUGUCCUUGUGACACUCGGCCGUUCAGUUUUUAAGUUUCUUGUUUCCCAUUGACGGAAACGGAUCUCUUGUAAAUAAAUUUCUGCCAGAAUAUUUAUUUCUUGUAACAAAAUGAUCACUAUUAGCUGUUGAAUUGCUAUUAAAGAGCGUCAUAGUGUUUUUUUUAUUGUAUUAUUUGUUUAGCUAAAGCUGUAACUGUAUAGAAAUGAAAGAUUUUUAACAAAAA